CUGGCUGGUGUGAACUCCAAAAAAGACAAGCUGAUAGACACAUUUUGCAGCAGUAUGGCGACACGAUUUUGUGACUUCAGCUCUGGAGUACUACAUGCUUCCAAACUGGUGGAUAUCACAAGCUGGCCGAAAGCAGACACACGUGAAGAUUUUGGAGAUGCAGAUGUGGAUUGUCUUAUGAAGCACUUUGGUCCACAAUUGGCUUCCUCUGGGGCCGAUUUGGAUCUGAUUCCAGACCAGUGGACGUUCCUCAAGAGCAGUUUGUACCAGCAGCAUGAGAACAUGGAGCAGAUGACCUGGCCAGAGAUAAACCAGAGACUGGGAGGCCAGUGCCCUGAUUUCCUUCAGCUUGUUGACAUAGUACUCUGUAUUCCAUCAUCCACAGCAGACUGUGAGCGGGGUUUCAAUUUGAUGAAACAAGUGAAGAGUGUCUGGAGGUCAGGUUUAAGGUCGGACACACUAUCUGACCUGCUCACAGUGCAGCUAACCAGCCCUAACAUUGAAGACUUUGAUCCAGACUCAGCCAUCCAGCUGUGGCAUCAGGCCAGCGUCAGGAGGCCAGACUUCAUGGAAAGAGGAGCCAAGAAGAGGAAGACCCAACUUGAAGAUGACAGUGAAACGUCUGAGGAGGAGGAUGACUCUGAACAAGACUAAAGUGACACUUUAUUAUUUUACUGAGAGAUGAGUUAUGAAUUAAUUGAUAUCUGAACACGAUCUGUUUGCACUUAAAAUAAAUAAAUGUAAAUUUAAAGAAAUGUAACAUGUCAAAAGAUGGAAACUAUUUCACACUACAGAUGUUUUUUAAUGUUUUUUUUGUUUUGUACAUUAAACAUGUAGACCUUUAACUGUCUGAUCAAAUGUUUUAUCUAGUUUACUUCUAUUUUGAUUAGAGACAGUCUUUUGUUUUAGAUAGUCGGUCACACAAGAGGCAGUCUGUUUUGUUCACCAUUAAGGCAAGGUACGUUUACUUAUAUAGUACAUUUCCAUUUGCCAAUCUCCAAUUUUAAUAAUGAAAAAGAAUGUAGGCCUAUUAGAGCAAUUCAAAAUAUGCUAGUGCAUUUUCUUUUAUAAAUUUGAUUUCUGGAAAAAGGUGGCAGGUAAAAAAUAAAAGUGGCUGGUAAAAUUUGGCAUCCACCUGCCACUGUGGCAGGUGGGCAAAAAAGUUAAUUUCCCACCCUGUAUAGCACAUUUUAAAAUACAAAGAGGUCUCAAGGUGCUUAACAUGAUAUAGACAAUCACAACAACAAUAGUAAAAAGUCAUAGAAGUGCUUAUGAAGUGCAGAAAAUAGGAUAAUAUUAAAUAGUAAAAGCUAUUCAAUUUAAAAUAAUUAAUAAGAUGAUAAUGGAAUAAUUUUGGACAGAGCAAUCAAAACAAUGCAUUCUAAAAACAACACAGAAAAGAAACAAAAACAGUAACCACGACUUAGGGUGAAUGCAGAGAUAUAAGUGGGUUUUGAGGUGUGAUUUAAAAACAGCAAAGGAAUCUAAGGCCCUAAUGAUCUCCGGGAGCUUGUUUCAGAAUUGUGGCCCCAGCGAGGAGAAGG